CACGGCUAGUAUUCGCUGCUGUUCAGUUGAUCAAGCUGGCACUAUUGGCGAUUAUAUUGAUACUACUUUCAAAAUAAGAUGGCCAAGCGCAAGCCCUGGUGUAGGAAAUCCGCUCGCAUACGUCGAGAGCGCCACCGUCGAGCUCUCAUUCGCGGACGUUGAAACCAUGGAGUCCCUUCCUUGGGAGGCAUUUCGAGACGUUGUCGAUCCGCCGCACAUGCUCUCUCUUCGUAUCGAGUCGUCAGGGCGACAGGGCGAGGUCUACGAGGCCGCGAAGAGGAUUUUGUGCUCUGUCUUGCACCGCACACAGCUGACCUGGGCCCUCGAGUCGGGAAAACUGCAGUUCGGUCCCUCUUACAAGCCUAUCACAAGCGCAUGACAUCUUGUCUGUACCGGCGGAGCAAUCCAUCGACGGCACCACGAUAACUCUCGAUAUCGUCGAACAAGUCGAGUGGUUGCUGCGCGGUGCAAGGCGGGGUACUACGAGGGAGGACUAUUUGCGUCAGCUUGUAGCUGCGCAAGCCGACGAAGCAUCCACGGUCGCGAGCUGUCAGACGGUGCCGUCCGCAGAGCAAGCCCAGGUUGCGGUGACCGGGUGAAUUCGAGACAUGACCGAGGCAGAUGGGUAGAGAGACGAUGGGGACGAGCGAGCGAGCGAGCGGCGAGGCAGACGAUGAGAGCGCCAGAGCGGAGAGCUAGGGCAAGUUGGAAUAUGGCGCGUUUAGGUCGAAGCGGACUCAAGAUGGCUUGAGGUGCAGAAGAGAGAAAGUUGGCCCGCAUUCUACGAUAGGUAUGCGGGAGGAGUUGCAAAGAAAUGCAAAGGCUGGAAGGGCAGGAAGUG